AGGAUUCAUACAUUUGUUGGAUAAUUUCAUAUUCCCAAAUACUGUAUCGAUGGUAUAAAUAACACUCCUCAUUCUGAAGCACAAAUGGGAAUAGCAACGAUCCGCAGCAGGCCCACUAAUAUUCAUUGCUUCCCAACUUUAAUUUUCACUUCUACUUUUGUGAUUCCGCACAAAAUUCCAAAACUCCUGAAGAAUCCCUACUCUAUUUCAUGCAAUUCCGGUAAUUUUCUCAGAAAUAACAAUAAGAGUACUACAAUAAGCAGAAUCUUAGCAGAGUCUAAGAUGGGAGAGAGUGCAGGGGCAUCUGCGACUGUUAGUGACAUGGUAUUUGAACCGAUUCUGGAAGCAGGUGUUUUCAGGUUUGAUUCUUCUGCUGAUGCUAGAAACGAAGCAUUUCCCAGUCUUUCUUUUGUUAAUCGGAAAGACAGGGACACACCCAUUAUGAGUAAUCACAAAAUCCCAUCCUACAUCCCAACUUCUGAACAUGUUUCAGGUCAACAAAUUGUCUCUUUUGAGCUUCCUGCAGGAACCUCAUUUUAUGGAACAGGUGAAGUUAGUGGACAGCUUGAAAGAACAGGAAAAAGGGUUUUUACUUGGAAUACUGAUGCAUGGGGGUAUGGGAGUGGAACUACAUCCUUAUACCAAUCACAUCCAUGGGUUCUAGCCAUUCUUCCUAAUGGAGAGGCAUUAGGAUUUCUUGCUGAUACAACAAAACGCUGUGAGAUUGAUCUGCGUAGAGAAUCAACAGCAAAGCUAAUUGCUCCAUCGCCUUUUCCUGUGGUAACAUUUGGUCCAUUUGCUUCAGUAAACGAUGUUUUGACAUCAUUAUCACAUGCAAUUGGAACUGUUUUCAUGCCACCAAAGUGGUCAUUGGGAUAUCAACAAUGCCGAUGGAGCUAUGACUCUGAUUUGAGGGUUCGUGAGAUUGCCAAGACAUUUCGGGAUAAAGGUAUACCUUGUGAUGUCAUAUGGAUGGAUAUUGACUACAUGGAUGGAUUUCGUUGUUUCACCUUUGACCAAGAGACUUUUCCAAAUCCAAGAUCACUAGCGGAUGACCUUCAUCGUAUGGGUUUUAAGGCUAUCUGGAUGCUUGACCCUGGGAUAAAGCAUGAAAAGGGUUACUCUGUAUAUGAAAGUGGAUCAGAAAAAGACAUAUGGGUUCAGACAAAAGAUGGAAACCCCUUUGUUGGAGAGGUAUGGCCAGGAGCUUGUGUUUUCCCUGAUUUUACUCAAGAAAAAGCUCGUUCUUGGUGGGCUAAUUUAGUCAAAGAUUUUAUAUCUAAUGGUGUGGAUGGCAUAUGGAAUGACAUGAAUGAACCAGCUGUUUUCAAGUCUAUUACAAAGACAAUGCCUGAAAGUAACAUUCAUAGGGGAGAUGAUGAACUCGGUGGUCAUCAAAAUCACUUGCACUAUCACAAUGUUUAUGGAAUGCUAAUGGCAAGAUCAACAUAUGAAGGCAUGAAAUUAGCCAAUCCAAAUAAACGCCCAUUUGUUCUUACACGAGCUGGCUUUAUAGGUAGUCAGAGGUAUGCUGCCACAUGGACAGGAGACAAUCUAUCUACUUGGGAACAUUUACAUAUGAGCAUCUCUAUGGUACUCCAACUGGGGCUUAGUGGUCAACCACUUUCAGGACCUGAUAUUGGUGGAUUUGCAGGGAAUGCAACACCCAAAUUAUUUGGAAGGUGGUUUGGUAUUGGUGCCAUGUUUCCAUUUUGUCGAGGACAUUCUGAGAAGGGAACUGUUGAUCAUGAGCCUUGGUCAUUUGGGGAAGAGUGUGAGGAAGUUUGUAGGUUGGCUUUAAAGAGGAGGUAUCGCCUUAUACCACACAUAUAUACACUUUUCUACUUGGCACAUACAAGAGGUUCUCCAGUGGUAUAUCCUGCUUUUUUUGCUGAUUUGAAGGAUUCCCAAUUAAGAAGAAAUGAAAAUUCCUUCCUUUUGGGCCCACUUCUUGUAUAUUGCAGCACUUUGAGUGAUCUUGGAGUGCAUGAAAUACUUCAUACAUUGCCUAAUGGAAAUUGGAUGAGUUUUGAUUUUCAAGAUUCACAUCCAGAUUUACCAGCACUAUAUCUACGAGGUGGAUCGAUCAUCCCAUAUGGUCCAGCUCAUCAACAUGUGAGUGAAGCUAAUGUAAAGGAUGAUCUGUCAUUGUUUAUUGCAUUAGAUGAAAAUGGUAAAGCUGAAGGUGUUCUCUUUGAAGAUGAUGGUGAUGGCUAUGAAUAUACAAACAAGGGUUAUCUUUUCACAACAUAUGUUGCUGAGCUCAAAUCUUCAGUUGUCACAGUCAGUGUCUCCAAAACUGAAGGAUUGUGGAAAACACCAAAUCGCCACUUACAUGUCCACCUAUUGCUCGGUGAAGGAGCUAUGGUUGAUGCAUGGGGUACUGAUGGAGAAGAUCUGAAAAUCACUCUGCCUUCAGAAAAUGAAAUAUCAAAUUUAAUUUCUGCUAGUAAGAACAAUUACAAGACACGUAUGGAAAGUGCAAAAUGUAUACCAGAUGUGGAGCAGGCAUCUGGACAUAAAGGGGUUGAGCUUUCAGGAACUCCUGUGGAAGUUAAAGGUGGUGAAUGGGCUCUCAAAGUUGUCCCUUGGAUUGGGGGUCGUAUCAUAUCUAUGGAACACCUUCCUACAGGAACUCAAUGGCUUCAUAGUCGAGUAGAAAUCAAUGGGUAUGAAGAAUAUAGUGGUACUGAAUAUCGUUCUGCUGGAUGUACCGAAAAGUAUACAGUCAUUAAUCGGGAUCUUGAGCAAGCAGGAGAGAUAGAAUCUUUAAAAAUGGAAGGUGAUGUUGGAGGUGGAUUAGCUAUUGAAAGAAAUAUCUCUCUCUCAGAAGAUAACCCUAAACUUUUCAAGAUUGACUCGAGUCUUUUAGCACGCAAUGUAGGUGCUGGUUCUGGAGGGUAUUCAAGGCUUGUUUGUUUAAGAAUCCACCCAACAUUUAGUCUUUUUCACCCAACUGAGACAUAUGUCUCAUUCACCUCCAUUGAUGGAUCCAAACAUGAAGUAUGGCCGGAAUCCGGGGAGCAGCUCUAUGAGGGGCAUCUUCGUCCAAAUGGUGAAUGGAUGUUGGUUGACAAGUGCCUUGGGUUGGGUUUAGUCAACAGAUUCAAUGUUGACCAGGUAUACAAGUGUCUUCUCCAUUGGGAUUUUGGGACUGUGAAUCUUGAGCUUUGGUCAGAAGACAGGCCAGUUUCAAACCAGUCGCCUCUUUGUAUUUCUCACAGUUAUGAAAUUAAGCGGAUUGUGUAG